AUGGCCGACUAUCUGAAUGGUGCAGAGACGGAGUGCCUUAGCUCCUGCCUGCAGCUCUGUGCCAGGGACCAGCUGGAUGCCACCCUGAGAGCUCUGGGCGACUUUGAGGAGGAAAUUGGCGGAGGGGGAGGAUUCCUGGCAUCUCAGGAAGGCCCUGACCCCACGGGACAGGGACAGAGUGAAGAGCGCCCUCCUGCUGUUCUACAGCAGUGCAGCAGCCCAGGCGCUCCCCAGCAGCUGCUCCCUCAGCUGGCGGACAAGAUCGUACCCAAAAUCCUGCACCAUUACAGCACCGGCUCCCAGGAGAGGGGCAGUGUGCGCUCCGCUGCCAUUUUACUGCUUGGCAACGUGGUGAGCAGCGUGAAGGACCCGGAUUAA